AUGCGGAGCGUCCCCUGCGGGGAGGGUUCCCUACAGAUGGGAAAGGUCCCCUGGGGAGGAGGGGGCGGCCUCGGGCCGCGCAGGCCCUGGCGCCGCUGGGAGGCUGCGGGGCGGCCGCGGCCGGGGCCGGGUCAGGCCGGGCGGGGGCAGGGCAGAGCAAGCGGCCCCGGCAGGUCCCCCGCGGGCCCCCGUAGCCGGCGCGCGCACUCACCGCCUCCUCCCGGGAACCAAACCGAGCCGACGAGAACCAGUGAGACGCCGGAGGAGCGGGAGAGAGCGGCCCCGGAGCCAAAGAAGCAGCGAGAACGGGGCGGGCAGAGGGGCCCUGGAGGACCGCGCCGGUCCCGCCCCUUCGGCGUCGCGACUCCGCCCCCUCGCCUCGCACAUGCGAGGGGGCAAGGCCUCCCUCUAGGCCAAUCAGCGCAGGAGGAGGGCGGGCCGAGGAGCGGGCCCCCAAGGGAGCUCGUGCGGGCGCCCCGGGGGUUGGGCCUCGUGCUCCUCCUGUCUAGGGCGUGUCUGCCCCCUCACACCGCGCCUGCGCGACCAAGGCCCCACCCCGCCCACACACGCCUGCACACCGUGGGCCUGGAGAGGGAUGCGGAGCUUCGGAGGCUCGAGGCCCAGGCUGAGGGGCGCGAGCAAAUGGCGGGGGCGGGAGAGCGGCCCCUCCCCCCUCAGGAUAAAGGGGUGGUCCCAAGAAUUCCCCCGUCUCCAUGA